GCGGCGAGCCUGCGCGGUGCGGGCGGCGCAGCGAGCGGACGGUCGCCAUGUCGUACGUCUUCAUCAACGACUCCAGCCAGACCGGGGUGCCGCUGCUUCAGGCCUGCAUCGACGGCGAUGUUGCCUACGCCAAGCGGCUGCUGGAGAGCGGCUUCGACCCCAACAUCCGCGACGCCCGGGGCCGCACCGGCCUGCAUGUAGCCGCCGCCCGCGGCAACGUCGACAUCUGCCGCCUGCUGCACAAGUUCGGCGCUGACCUGCUCGCCACCGACUACCAGGGCAACACGGCGCUGCACCUGUGCGGCCACGUCGACUCCAUCCAGUUCCUGGUGUCCAACGGCCUCAAGAUCGAUAUCUGCAACCAUCAUGGUGCUACACCACUUGUAUUGGCAAAGCGUAGAGGAGUAAACAAAGAUGCAAUCAAGUUACUGGAGUCGUUGGAGGAGCAGGAAGUGAAAGGAUUCAAUCGUGGAACUCACUCUAAACUAGAGAUUAUGCAGACUGCAGAAAACGAGAGUGAGCAGGAGACUCAGAACAUCAUCCUCAGAGGUUGGGAAACAGAUCAUCAGCCCCUCAGUGCAAUGGAGAGCCACUCACUGCUGAGUCCCAACCUGCAGAAUACAGAAGGUGUUCUUUCCAGUUUCCGAUCCACCUGGCAGGAGUUCGUGGAUGAUUUGGGCUUCUGGCGGGUUCUACUGCUCAUUGUUGUCAUUGCACUGCUGUCUCUUGGUAUUGCCUACUACGUCAGUGGCGUUCUACCCUUUGUGGAAAACCAGCCUGAACUGGUGCAUUAAGACCUAAACAGCAUCCAGCGUAACAAAGUUUGAUAUUUGGGCUGUCUAUGGUAGCAUGUCAGAAUGCUAGCAGACUGGUCAGCAUUUGAUCAUUGCCAUUCCAGUUACUAAAAUAUUUUGCUACCAAAGUUCAGCACCUAUAGUCUUGGCAUCAGUUUUAAAUCUAGUUGUUUUCACUUUGAUUCCAACCUUUAAAACAAAUUUUGUUUUUGAAAAUUGUAACACUAGCGAAGCUUGUUGCCCACUUGUAGUGUCUUUAUCCAUUAGAGCCGAUAUAAAAUGUAAUCUGAAGGUAGUGCUUCAAAAUGAUGUGCUCAAGUUGUGAAAUACAUUUUUUCACCUUUUGAACUUGUUUAUAUAAUAGAGGUGAAAAUUUCCGUUGGAACAUAUUUUUGUUUUCUCUUAAGGAAAUGUGGCAAAACAUGUACAAACUGAAGAAUUUAGAAAUGAUGGCUUCAUGUUCUAAGAUAUAGAUAGUUAUGAAGUCAUGAGUCCAGUAGAAUACUGACUUUAAUAAUCAUUGAGAUAUUUUAAAGUAUUUAGUCCAUAGAAUUAAAUAGCUUGAUCAACCGACAUAUCUUGUUUUGCAACGGUAGCUGACUAAGCCUAAAUAUAGAACAAAAAAUUGUGCACUUUUAACUGUAGUAAUGUAAAUUUUAACUGCGUUAAUGAAAAUUGUUACUCCAUGUAUUGCAAUAAACUUAAGUACCUGAACAA